CAAAGGCUUGCAGACACUGCUGUAUACUUCUUAUUGGAAUCAGCUGAUAUAAUCCAAUUGGAAGCCUUCCAAUAUUGGAAUGUAAACAAAAGUAGUAGCCGUUCAUGUAAAAUUUGAAUUUUGUCUUAAAACUAUUAAAAUGAACAGCUUUAAAUUCAAUGUGGGCCGUGAUCUAAAGCAUUACUUAAGCUACAUUCCAAAAAUCAACAAACCUACAUUGCGGUCUAUCCUUAAAUUAUGUGUAGCAUUCUUAGAACAAAAGAAGUACUCGAAAGAAGCUUAUGAUAAAGAAUAUAUAAAGAUUGCAUCAGCAAGUGAGAUACAGGCUGAGGAUUAUGCUAUUAUGUUUACAGCCAUUUCAAUCUUACUGGAAACAUUUCUUAGAUCUAAAAAUGUCCAUGCUCAAGAUUUGUCAGAAGCUUUGAAAGAACUAAAAUUCUCAGACGAAUGUGUUGAUGACCUGUCUAAAGUUUUACUUUCUAAUCAUCAGACAUUGUUCGAUCAAAUGCAGGAAAUGAGGCUAUUAAAGCCAAUUGAUAAGCUACAGACUCGAAUAAACAUAUCGUUAAUAGAAAGUGGACAAAGCCCUACAAUAAUUCUACAUUUAGAGCAUCGAGGAAAGAUCCAGACAAUCAAUUUGUCAUUAAAACAUUUUCACAGAUUCCGGUUAGCAAUAUCAACAAUCUUGUCAGAAUUUCAUGCGAUUGAAGGAAAAAAGAGCUAGCUAUACAAAUUAAAGACUGUCUGAGAUUAAUCAAAAAUCUAAAAUUAACUUAAUGCUGUAAUAAUCUUUUUGAUAAUGCAAUUCUGUCAAAUAAAAAUAUUUGCUCUUUUUAAAGCUACUUCCAGUCUCUUAUCAUGCUCAAAAAUUAUUAUUCUCUGUGAGAAUCUCACGGCAUGUGAGUGAAGCUUAAAAAAUGAGUUCAAAUUAGAUAGCAUGUGAUAUGAAAAUAUGCGUAGAUAGCAAUAGGAAGUGCAUGUCUAAUUUAAAAAAAAUGAGAUCAAACAUAGCAAAAUGUAAUAUUAGGAACUGUGUGUGCAUACAUGCCAUUGAGUAAAUCAGUAAACAGAGUGAGAAUCAUUGAGAAUGAGAAGUUUUUCUCUAUACGGAAAUAUUGAGCACAGUGAAAAACUUAACGUCAAGCGAUCAGGUUGUUGUGUCGCUGUUAUUGAAAAAAAUGGUGAAUUCAAUGAUAAUCCACACACAUUCGAACAUCAGAAUGGAGUCUUUUGAUAAGUUUACGUCGAUUCCGAUUGUUGAAAGUUCGAUUAGAGCUGGUCAUGGUGUCUAUAGUCGUUUUAAAAAUUCAAAUCGAUUGAUAAAUUGGUCAUUGAAUGUCUCGGAGAAUGUGACAUUUGCUCUUAUUGAAGCUAUAAAGCCGGCUUUAAACAUUGUAGAAGGUCCGUUAAAUAAAAUUGAUAAUUUCGGUGUAAAAAUUCUGGAAUCUGUUGAGUCUGUUGUGCCUAAUAUCAAUUUACCGCCGCAAAUGAUUUAUUGGAAUACAAAAGAGUAUGUAGCUGAUCGUGUAGUAAAGCCUGUCAUGAAACGUGCUGACUCAUUUGGUGAUAUUGCUGAUCAUGCAUUGAUUUUCGCUGAUAAAGCAGUUGACAAAUAUUUACCUGAUGAAACUGAGGAUGAAGGAAAUGAUACUGUGGAUGGAAAUGGAUUUAAGGGAAAGAGUCAUGCUGUCCUUACAUACCGCAGAAGUAAGCGUCUCACAAAGAAAAUUAAGACACGAUUGUCUUAUAAAACAGCAGCUGAAAUCAGAGCACUUAAGGAUGACGUUCAUAUUCUAUUCUACGCUAUGGAACUGAUUGUAAAGGACCCAAAAGAAGCAUACGUAAAAUUCAAGGAACUAUACGCCUACCUCAGUCAAAAAGAGCCUGAAAAUCAACAACGACCUGAAACUUUGGAGCAACUCUUUGUUCUUUUGUCAAGGGAGACGGCUAGGAAAAUUGUUCACCUUAUUAACUUUACAACCAAACAUCUGAGUAGAAUACCUCGCAAAAUAAGACAAUCACUACAAGAGUUCUUGCAUCAUGUGCUUUAUUGGACGGAUUCAAUUUUGAAGGCCAUCCAAGUUAAAAAUGCCCAAAGUAUACUCUCCAAAAUCCAUACAAAAUACGAAAAAGUUCAAGAACACACAAAUAGCGCAUUGUCGCAAGAUUCUCAAGUAAUUGCACCCAAAGAAUGUGAUAUUGUGCAGUCGUUACUUUUGUAUGUAGUUGAAAUAUUUGUGAAAAGUUUGGAAAGAUUAGCAAUUUUUUGUUCAGGUCGACUUGAUGCUGAGAAGAUUCAAAUGUCAAAUAGAAAUCGAAUUUAUACGCGACCGAGUUCUAUUAAUGGACUUUACUGAUGACAAAAUGCAUUUUUAUUUUGAAAAGACAUAAAUUUAUUUUAUUUUAAACAAAUCACAUGAUGACUUUUUACAUAAUUUUAUUGUAAUGUCUAAUGACAAAAUCUAUUUCGUCGUCUUCUACAUUCCUCAUUGAUAACUUACACUUAAAUUCUAUUUGAUCAAUUUAUGUUUCUAAAAAAAUGUCUUUAAAGAUUGUCUUUAUCAUUAAAAAAAGAAAUGAAUGACAAGGAAGCAGAAAAGGUUGUUAAAUAAUUAUAAAAUAAAAACGUCAUUUAAAUUUGUAAUUUAACUUAAUACAUAAAAAGAUUUUGAUGUAAAAUCACAUGACUAAAGAUGAAGCAUUCGAGGUUUCAUUAAAGUUAAUCCAUUUAACCCUGGAAAUAAAAGAAAAAUGAAGCUUUAGUGGAUGUUAAAAUCUGAGAAGUGUGAUUCUUGAUAAUAUUUGUAAAUAUUCCCAUUUAUGAAUUUAAAGAUGUUAAAAACAUGCAGGAAUGUAAACAAAUCUGAUUUUUAUGUCAAAUAGCAACUUAAUGAACGCAGAAUAAAUACAAAUAUUAUCAAAAACCAAAAAAUAACAAAUUAAUAGAUUUUAAGAGAAAGCUCGAUUUGUGACAUGCUUAAAAGCAGAUAGGAAAGAUUAUAAUCAUUAGUAAAUCAUGCCGGAAUAUUUGUUUUCUACAUAAAAAUAAUGUAAGCAAGAAACCAGAAAGACUUGUUAAUUGCAUUGCAACAGAGAUAAAUUAUCAAAAAAUUGUGUACCUACGAGACUUUAAACAUCAUAUUAUCGAUAUAUUCGAAUGAUUGUAAAGAGAUACAUAAUAAAGUUAAAAAGUUUCAUAUUUUAUCAUAAAUCAUUGUAAUCUUAAUGUAUUUCGAAUAUUGUCUAGCUCAAUAUCGGUUGAGCAAUUCUCUGAAUUUGAGUUUGUUUGGAAUAGGGAAUCAACAGAGUUGACUGUGUUGUUAGUAUUUUGAUUAUUUACUUCAUUCUUCAUUAAUUCUUUGUUCAGUAAGGGCUCAGCGCAUGGCGAUAUUGGUGUGUCAGGAACUUUCACUUCUUGUAGCUGCGGCUUUGGUACAAAAUUUCCACUAUUCACAUCUUCGAUUGCUUUUCGGAGCUAAUUUAUCAAUAAAAAGUUAUUAGUGCUUUAAACUAGAUCUUAGAGAUCAAAUGCAUACCUCUUUCAAUGCCACAACACCCACGAGCUUUCCAACAUUUGUGACAUAAGCAUGAUUGAUGCCAAUCAUUGAGAAUAACGAAUGGACUUUCAAUAAAGACGUUCUCUCUACUAGCUGGAAGGGCGAUGGAUCAAUGUUGACAUUUGCAGCCUCAAGAUCAAUUGACUUAGCCAUCUCAUCCAUUUCCCAAAGUUUUUGAUCCUCUGCAGACAUGUCACAGACUCUUUCGCGAGGAAGUUGAACCUUUUUGGAAAUACCUGUUGUAGAUGGAAAGUGGGAAGUGCCAUCGAUACUAGGCGUUUGAAUUGAAUUCUUAGAUCCCAUUUCAGGAUCAUUAUUUUGAACAUCUUGUAAUGUUGCUGAUUUUCUAAAGAUAAUAUCGAAAGCAGAACGAAUUCGACUCUCUGCACCUGUUAUAGUUGUAUAAGGUGUGGAUAAUGGACUAUGUGGAGAUAAUGGACUGAAGCCCUUCAUCGUAAAUGAAUUAGUCUUCUUUAAAAUGGAUUUCUUUGGCUGAGUACCGAAUACUGGUGUAAAUUGAGAACUUUCUUUCUUUGCUUGUGGUGUGAGCAUUUCAUUAUUGGCAAUUUCACGUAGCUUAAUUAUGUCUGGUGCAGGCACAACUUCAAAUCUUGACUGUCUUCUAGGUCCUUCUUGUAAUUUUCUAAUUCUUUCUUGUUCUUCUCUUUCUUCUGCUUCCUUCUUCAUUCUUGUUGCCAUUUCUAAUCUCUUUUCACGUCCAAUAUGCUUAUCAAUCAUUUUAAUGAGGUCAUAUCUCUGAACUGAACCUAGCAAUAUCAUCGUAUCUGGAUUAUCAACUAAUGGAAGACUUCUAAGCUGCUUGUUUCUUUUCAAGAUUUCCUUCAACUCUUGAUAAGUAAUAUUUUGCCAAAUAUAUUUAACAUCACGAACCAUAAAGUCUUCUACAGAGAAAUUAUACAUAGCACUUCCAGAUGGCAAGAGAUCUGGCAAGUAUGGCAACUUUUUGAUAAGAAUAAUUGAGUCAUACAUUGAGGGCUGUAGAAUUGUCGCUAUGGCACAAGAUAUGAGUGUUGCUAUCAUUACAGGAACUAAAUAGGUGAUUUGACCAGUCAUUUCGAAUACAAUGACACCAACAGACACCGUAUGAGUUACAGCGCCUGCAAAUGCAGCGGCC